GAAAUUGACGCCCAGCAGGACCUGCCGCGGGUCGACGGGGACCUGAGCCCACUCCCUCCAGCUGCAGCGGGGACCACAGGGAGCGCCGGCGGGGUUGGGCGUCGCAGGGGCGGACCCGGCCUCCCCCUCCCACCCCAUCUCCCACCCCCGGGGACCCCUCCAGCCCGGCGGUCGCCCGCGGCGAGGCGGGGGAUGGCCGAUUCUUGCCGGAACCUCACGUACGUGCGGGACUCGGUGGGCCCGGCCACCAGCACCCUGAUGUUCGUGGCGGGCGUGGUGGGCAACGGGCUGGCCCUGGGCAUCCUGGGGGCGCGGCGGCGGUCACGGCCCUCGGCCUUCGCCGUCCUGGUCACCGGGCUGGCCGUCACCGACCUGCUGGGCACGUGCUUCCUGAGCCCCGCCGUGUUCGCGGCCUACGCCCGCAACAGCUCGCUGCUGGGCCUGGCCCGGGGCCGCCCGGCGCUGUGCGACGCCUUCGCCUUCGCCAUGACCUUCUUCGGGCUGGCCUCCACGCUCAUCCUCUUCGCGAUGGCCGUGGAGCGCUGCCUGGCGCUCAGCCACCCCUACCUCUACGCCCAGCUGGACGGGCCGCGUCGCGCCCGCCUGGCGCUGCCUGCCAUCUACGCCUUCUGCACGGCCUUCUGCGCGCUGCCCCUGCUGGGCCUGGGCCAACACCAGCAGUACUGCCCGGGCAGCUGGUGCUUCAUCCGUCUGCGCUCGGCCGAGCUGGGUGGCUGCGCCUUCUCGCUGGCCUACGCCAGCCUCAUGGCCCUGCUGGUGGCCGCCAUCGUCCUCUGCAACGGCUCAGUCACCCUCAGCCUCUGCCGCAUGUACCGACAGCAGAGACGCCACCAGGGCUCGCUGGUCCCCAGCCCCCGGGCAGGUGAGGACGAGGUGGACCACCUGAUCCUGCUGGCCCUCAUGACUGGCAUCAUGACUGUGUGCUCCCUGCCCCUCAUGAUCCGCGGCUUCACCCAAGCCAUCGCCCCGGACAGCAGCGAGAUGGGGGACCUCCUCGCCUUCCGUUUCAACGCCUUCAACCCCAUCCUGGACCCUUGGGUCUUCAUCCUUUUCCGCAAGGCCGUUUUCCAGCGCCUCAAGCUCUGGUUCUGUUGCCUGUGCCUGAGGCCCGCCCAAGGCGACUCGCAGACAUCCCUCGCCUGGCCCGCUUCGGGGAGGAAGGACUCAAGGGCCCCUGCUGCUCCCAGGGGGAAGGAGGGGAGCUGGGUUCCUCUGUCAGCCUGGGGCGAAGGGCAGGGGGCACCCUUGCCUGCCGCACAGCCAUCCAGCAACACCGUGGGAACGCCAUCCAAAGGGGGGUCUGAGACCGCCUGCUCCCUCUGCUGACAUCUGCCCUGAGCUCUCCGGCCCUGACUUCCGGGAGCGGGAGCCAGAAGUUCGGGGACAUGGCUGAUGGCUGGGGGUGGAUAAGCCCAGAGAUGGAUCCUGGAGCCCUGCGUCCCGGAACAUUGACCCUCUGAAUUCAGGGGGUGAUCAGCUGCUAUUUCUCCUCCUUCAGGGUGGCUGUGCGGGCUGUGGAGGGAGGGGGAGAGGGAGCCAGAGCAAUUAUCCUGGAGCAUAAAAAGGACAGUUCCCUCCAAAUAUCCGGUGGCCUGGCGGCCUGGUCUGGCCAUCGCUUGCCCAUCCAUCUCACUAUCUAAAUAUUUAGAAAGCAGAAAAGUUCCCAGCAGCUUCUGUGCAACUCAGGUCUGCUCUGGUUAGGGUUCUGGCUCUGACCCUCAUUCAUUCAGGGUGCCCCACUUGCCCAUGCCUAAUCUCCAGAGGACAGCCCUGCCCUCUCCCAGCCCACUCCAAGGCCCCCCCACCAUCUCUGCCUCAAGGAAGCCACAGAGUCUGUGACAAGCUCCCUGCUUCCCUUUACUUUUUUUUCCCCCCUCUUUUUUAGGGCCCACUGGAGGCAUAUGAAAGUUCUCAGGCUAGGGGUCAAAUCAGAGCUACAGCUGCCGGCCUACAGCACAGCCACAGCAACGCCAGAUCUGAGCCGUAUCUGUGACCUACGCCAUAGCUUGCAUUAACUUUGGAUCCUUAACCCACUGAGUGAGGCCAGAACUUGCAUCCUCAUGGAUACUAGUUGAGUUCUUAACCCCCUGAGCCACAACAGGAACUCCUAGUUCUGAUUCCCGCGCUGGACUUGGGAGCCCUGGUCCCAGCAGGGGGAGGUGGGAGGGACGGGAGACUGUUGCAUUGUGGGUAACACCACUGGACAGGUACCUGGGAAACUGCAUAGCUUGGUGGGUUCCAAGAUGAGGAUGAUGGAGCCAUGGGAUGCAGGGGAGCUGGAGAAGCUGGAGGGCAAAGGGGUAGGAGGCAGGGAACUCAGGGCUGGCCCUAGAACUCAGACUUAAGUCCCAUGCCCCCGUCCCUGAAUAGAUGGCUGCCCCCUCACGGAGCCUGACCUCACCUCCUGUGUCCUUUCGAAGCUCUCCCAAAAAUGUCAUUCAGGAUUCCCCUUGUGGCUCAGUGGGUUAAGGAUCAGGCAUUGUCACUAGGGUGGCUCUGGUUAGAGCUGUGUUUUGGUUUUGAUCUCUGGCGUGGGAACUUUCACAUGCAGCAGACGCAACCCCCCAAAACACAAAACGUCAUUCAUUCAACAAGGCAGAGAGCGGGCGCUGACUCUACCAGCUGCUGGGGACACAGAUCAGUCUCUGCCCCACCCUGGACUCCUCUGGGGGUGACUUCCAGCCUUCAGUUCCCCUUCUGACUGCUGGGGUGAUUUCCAGCCCCUUUCUCAUGGCCAUUCUCUGCACUCAUGCACAGCAUCAAGGGUGUGCAGGGGGCAAGCAUGAAUGAACUGGGGCUUAGUGGGGUGGUGGGUGGUGGGGGAAUGGGAAAGCCCACAGACUUCCCUCCACUCCCCACCACUUCCGCUUUCCCUUUCUCCCUUGCUUCAUGGUUAAAACAAUGCAUCUGCCUGGUGGGGGCGGGGAGUAGGUGAGGCUGAGUUUCCUAUAAAGGCAGUAGCAGUCCCUCUCCACGGUGGGAUGUACCCUCACUCCAUCUGGCUAUUAUUAGAGCCUUUCUACAGAGACUGGAAUCAAGGUCCAGAGAGGGCGCUCACCGGCUACAGGCCACACAGCAAGGAGAAAGCCGUCUGCAGGUGGAGCUGGUCUUUCCAUCUCCUUAGGCCCGAUCACUGCGGGGAUCGGUGCGUUUGCCUUCCUGAGCCUUGAUUUCCUUUUACAUAGAAUGGUCAUCAUGACCCAGAGCUCAGCUCGCAGGGCUGUGCUGAGGAUGAAAUGAGUCCUGCGAAGAGCAAUUUAGCGCCAGCCCCCAAUACAUGUUACUGUUCUCGCCCUUGUGGUCGUUGUGGCUACAGUCUCUGGCACCUGGGUAAAUGUGGUUUGAUAUUCGGCAACACUCUGCUUCGUUAUUUUGACUUUUUUCCCCCCAGUUACUGUGUUUCGUAUGAAGGGUGUCUUCAAGAGUUAAAAAUAGUUCAAGAUGAUGCUUCCUGGGUGCAGGACUUCCUUUUGGGGUGAUGAGAGGGUUCUGGUGAUGAAAACGUUGCGGUGGGGGUUGUACAACAUCACAAGUGGAUUAAAUGUCACUCAGUGGUAGCCUUUAAAAUGCUACAUUUUUUGUUAUGGGUAUUUAACCACAAUAAAAACCCCUAUGUAAUAC